UGUCACAAAGCUACGAAGUCCUGCGAAAGAUGAAGAUCCCCUCGAUUCUCGUAACGUGCCUUUUUACCUGGGGCUUGGCUGCCGGGAAUAGCAGCUCGUCCGCGGAAUCUUCGGCAUCGGCGACAGCGUCUUCAGAUGCGUCCUGGAGUACGUCAUCGAGAUCGUCAGCUAUUGGUAGAGCACCGAACGUGAUCUUGAAUAGGGCACCUCAAUUAGGAGCUAGCGCGGCAGCGAUCGCAUCGGCUCGAGCCAGUGCCUCAGCAAAUGCUGCAUCAGACGAAAAAUCUGCCCGAGAAACGCGAGCAACCGCUUUGGCCAGAUCAAGAGCUGCUGUUACGGCGGCAGCACGAGCAGCCGCAAGGACGCAAGAAGCCGUCGCGGCGGCAAAAGCCGCAAGUAGGGCCCAAGCGCUUGCUGCUGCUAAAUCUUCGGCGGCAAUUUCUGCAUUGGCCGCUGGAGAGGCUGCCGCCCAAAAAGCGGACGCCGCAGCUCUUGCCGCAUUGAUUGCUAAUCAGAGAUCUGCCAAAGCCGCAGAAAAUGGUUUAGCAGUGCAGAAUCGUGCGAAUGGAGAAGCGGAACAGGCAAGUCGUGCGGCUGCUGCUAACCUUGCCGCGGCCAUCCGUACACGAGACAAUGCUCUCGAAACGAGAAAAGAAGCAGCUCGAUUGAAGGCACUAGCCACAGCUGCCGCUAACGCUAAUAACAAAGCGACCAGUCUUGCCGAAGCUUCUGCGAACCAAGCAGCUGAAGCAAGCUCCGCUGCCGAGGAUACUUCUUCCGCUCAAUGUGCUGCGGUCGCUCAAGCUGAGGCCGCUGAAACGCUCAACGUAAAUCUCGCUAUACUCGAGAGCACCCAAUCCUCCAGACAGGAUUCCAACGUGGCCAAAGCUGAGGCUUCCGCCGCAGCCAAGGCCUCGGCUGGCACUGCCACAAGAGAUGGAGUCGACCUUGGUCUCGCCUCUGAUGCUGGUGCAGCUGCUCAACUAAAAUCCCAAGCCGCAGCAUUGGGACGAGCAAGUAGCAGAAUUAGUUCCGGUCCUGCGUUAUCCGCAUGGAAAUGGAGGAACGAAGAAUCUUCAGAAUCGUCAGCCUCUGCAAUCGCCAGCUCUAGCGCCAGUUCCAGCUCCAGUUCUCGCAGCGCAUCCGGAAACUAAAUCGAUCUCGAGACUCGUACAACGGUGCGACGAUCGAAAUCGUCUUAGCAAAGCGUUUACCAAUACGAAAGAUUCAUGUAUUCCAGAGCUCGAUCACUUGUAAAAAUGAAAAAAUAACUGAAAUUUUGUCAUUCCAAAAUUAAUAAUAAAG